ACAGUCACACACACACACGAACACUACGAUCAAAUAUGGCUUCAGCUUCAUCAUCGGCGGCGAGGUUACUCAUUCGCGACGGGAAAUCAGUGGCGAGUUUACUCUUCCGUGGACGUGUCGCUAAUCUCCCAGAGACAAUGCAGAACACUGGACCAGCUAUUAGGUCUCUGCUUUGUCUUAACCAGACGGUGCCUAGUCAAUACCCGGUUUUCUCUGAAACAUUUCCGGUUAUGCAACCCGGUUUCGGUUCCUUCUUUAUUCAGGAGGAGGCUGUGUCGGAGAAAAUGGAGGCGGGUCAGGGAAAGCGAGUGGUGAACAACGAAGGCAGCUCUUCAGAGGAGGAGGAGGAGACAGAUUUUGAUGAGGAAGAGUUUGAUGACAUUGAUAUGGACGACGACGAUGUAGAGUUUGACGAUACCGACGAGGAAGAAGAUGAGGAAGAGAAGGCUGAGUUACUAGUGAAGAAGAAUAAGAAGUAAAAGCCUCUCAUUUGCAAAAUGCUAUCUGUUUUUUUUUCGUGAGAUUAAUGUGUUAGAAAUAAUUGAAUGUUCUUGUUGAAAUAAAGAUUCACGUUUUAGAAUAACGUUCUCUUCUUAAUUUGUUUGUCUGUUAUUAUUUUUUUGUUUCAGACUGCACUCUAAGAAAUCAUGUACUCUUUUACAUAGUAUCAGACUACGUUCUCUGUUUACACCAAUGUUG